CAGCCCAUAUUAUCCUUAAUUAGUACUAUCAAGGUACCUGUAGAGUGACAGCUACUAGGUAGCUCUAGUGGUUAGCGGAGCGCGUUUAGAAAGCACAGACGUGAGUUCGAGUUCGAAUUCUCAGCGCUGCAUGUAUUUUUAGGAUCUUUUGUCCGCUGGUGUAAUGUGUUCGUGGGCCGGCCCAGCGAGGCGCUGCUGCGAGCGCCAAGUUGGUUAGUUGGCGCAGAAGGCGCGGAGUAGGAGCUCCCUGAGCGGGAUCUCAAAAAAGAAGAAAAAAAAAGCGAGGCGUCCUGGCAGCGGGAGAGGGGAAAUUUGGGAUGGGAAAGAGGAGGGAAACGAGCGAACCAAUCCCUUCGCGCAACCCCCACUCCCUCUCGCUUCCGCUCCAUUCGAAACCCUAGCCACUCCCUCUCGCGCCGCUCCCCCAAAUCGGCGCCUCUCCUGCCCCGCCGCCGCCGCCGGAAAAGCUCCUGCCCCGCCGCCGGAAAAGCUCCUGCCCCGCCCCUCGUCCCCUCUCCGAGUCUCCGUCCAGACCACUUGCCCUAGAAUCCCAGAGACAUCCAUGCUCACCCGCCGCCGGUGAAGCACAAGCACGGGACCCCAAGCCCACCUCUUCCUCCUCCUCGACCGCGCCGUCCUCCGCAUCCUCCUCCUCCGCCGCGUUGCUGCUGGGGAAGCUCUUCCUCCACCGGCGAGCUCCUCCUCCGCCUUGCCGUCGAUCUACUCGCUGCCGGCCGCCGCGCCUCAGAACGAUGUCGACACUUCCUGCACCUGAUAUGACGAUCACUGUGACCCGGUCCUUACAUCCGUUUCGGCAUUCAGAGGAAGAUGCCAGACAGCUCUUUGCAGAUCAUCCUCAUGCAGAAAACUUCUUGUCCCCCAAUCAUUCAGACGAACAUCCAGAUCUUGCAGACCUGGAAGCUUUGGGUCCGCAUCCUCUGCUUAACAGGCAGACCAAAGCCUGCCAACCGUUGAGGUGGAUCAAUAUUAGAAUCCAAGCUGCAGGAACCAAUCAUUGGAUUAUGCCUUUCCUCAGAGACGAUAACUUAUAUGUUCGAGGUUUUGGUAACCGGCAUAAUGCUCAUGAGCUAAGUCAGAAGCUAUGUUUGCCAGGGAAAGAGAAACUGGAGGUUCUGUCCCAGCAACUUCCCCUGGAACUCAACUGCAUUCUUGUGAAUUGGGACGUCACGUACCCAAAGAUGUUCGGACUCAAGGAUAAACAUGAUCUCGAAGCUGAAUUUCAAAGGAUCAUGAGUGAUGAAGAUUUUGUCUUUGAGGCAGUCUGCUUCUUGUCAAGUUAUGUUCAUGUCGAGGGCAGUGAGGCUGAACAGAAAGCCAUGAAGUACUUAGCGGGCAUCACUUUCAUGCUCUGUGAGUUUUACAGAAUGAAUCUAAGGCUCAUCAAUGUCCCACUGCGGCUUUGGAUACAUACCUGGGGGGAUGUUUGUCUUGAGUACCUUAAGUGGAGGGAUCGAAACUUCACGGACUGGAUUUUAGACACAGUUAGACAAAAGAUGAGGGGACAGGCUGUCGUGACAAAGAUGCAGGAGCGUUUCAAAGAACUGGGCAUCCAGGGGCCAGCUGAUGGGUUGCAAGUCUUAGGCCUUAUAAUCAACCGAGAUGUCACGUACUAUGCCAACCUAGAGAAGAACAGAAGUAAGAAGAAUGUCAAAGUCUCUGAUGGAGGAGGAAAGUUUAACAGCCGGCUGACUCAGAAGGGUGGUGGUGCAUCAAAUAUGCCACAAGAAGGCAAUACCAGUCAUGAAACAAAGGCUGCAAGUAAUAGCAACCAGAAAGGAGCUGUUUAUGGAGGUAACCAGAUUCAAUACAGCCAACGAGACCUAGUGGAGGAGUUUGUGGGUUUGAUGAGCCACGAUACCGCCAAGGACUCCCUUCCAUGGGGACGGCGCAGGGUCCAAAUUCUGAGAGUGAGUGCCAAUUUUGAAGUCGAUUGGAUGGAUUUCCAUGAUUGGCAUCGUCCACAGGCCAUCCAUAGAAGAAAGAUCAAUGAUCCAGCACGCACUGGACCAAUCAGUGAUCCACCGGUGAUCGGAGCAAUGACAGAUAUUGCACUGAUUGGACCUGCGCGACCCAUCGGAGCAUAUACGGCGCUUGGACUUGAAUUCAGUCCUGCCAGGACUACAAACGGAGGAGAAGGGAGAAGACGCAACCAGAGGACGAUCAACGAGAGGGGAGCAAUUGUUGAGUCAUGGCAGGUGGAUAGUUAUGACGAUGAGCCAAGUUUUCAUCGCAAGGACAUUGCUGGGGAAUGGGAAGGUCAGAAGAUACAGAUUUCUUAUAUGAUUGUGCCUGAUACAGUCGAAGCCCGAAUCAAGGUGAAGCUACUGCUCACAGGAGGAAGCCGCUAUCAUGUGACAGGUUUCGUAAAGGCAUGGGAUGACAACAUGGGACCCGAAUUUGUAAGGCUCUUGUCAGAUUCAGACCAAACAGUAGAGGUGCCCUCUAACCAAUGGACUCUACUUCCUUUGAUGCUUUCUCUGUUGUGUCUGAGCAAUGCUGAGGAAGUUCAACUGAAAGUCGCUGCCUAUCUAACUAUCCGUUCAUGCUCGAACAGUGAGGAGCAAGCACUGAAUGUGUCUCAUGAUCACUGCUUCAAGCUCAGCCAAGGAGCUGCCAGACAAGAACGUGAGGUCAGGGGCAACAGAAUUUCUGUGGCUGUGAAAUUCAGUACUUGAAUUUCAACUAGAAACACAAUUUAAGGCUGGGCAACAGACUCUAUUCUCUUCCAGGAUGUGUUUCAGACAAUUGCUGUCCAGCUACAUAAAGUUCAUGAUUCUUCUGCUAGCUUCUCUUCAUGGCUUCUCUUUUCUUCCUAUUUUCUGCCCUCUAGUUAAAUAUUAGCAUGUAGACUGUGAUCUUGGUAUCAUUUGCAUUAACGCUGUGAUGUGCCAGGUUUAAAAAGUUGUUCGCUUAGUGAUGAAAGAUGAGGCGAUGAAUGCAAAAGAGGGCAAGCGAUUGUUACUGUCUAGUGUCUACUGGUAAUAGUGGACAGAGAUCGGGCAAGAGUUUUCAGUUAUUCCCCUUUGGCAACUGUCUACUGCUAGUAGCCCAAGUAGUUAAGAUUGACCAUCCAGCUGCUUAAACUUGAAUCAUGGGUGGAUGACAGUGACACAGCAAACACUUGAAUGAUGUCUAGAAUCGGGGCUCGCUUUGUUUAGUCCAUCGACUCUUAGCACCUUCGCUCUAUGUAGUUUUAACCUUGCUAUCUUUUUUGAACACUGGCGUAAACUUUCUUUGUUCAAAGCACCGCCCAGAUCAUAGUAGUAGUUCCCUAAUUUUGGACAGUGUUCUUAUAUAAGAAACUCGGAGAACAACAGUACUGCAGUUUAGUUUAAGGUUCCACAUCAAAUACAUAGGUGCAGGGAUCAGGACAAUAGCAAAGAAAAAAA